AUGUAUUAUAGAAAUGCAAAUUGUGCUGUAGUAGUAUAUGAUAUAUCUCAAGCAUCUUCUCUCGAGAAAGCUAAAGCAUGGGUAAAAGAAUUACAGAGACAAGCCGAUCCAAAUAUUAUUAUUGCACUUGCAGGAAAUAAAUGUGAUUUGAGCUCACCUAAAGCUUAUGCAGAUAGUGCAGGACUUUUGUUUUUUGAAACUUCAGCUAAAACAUCUCACAAUGUUCGUGAAUUAUUCACAUCAAUAGCAAAGAGAUUACCUCUUGAUCAAUUAGCUGCUAAUUCACGUGGAAGAUCCGGAUUACAUCCUAGAGGCGGAGUUGAUUUAUCACGUCCGCCACCACCAAAUACUGCUUGUAAUUGUUAA